AUGUUUUAUUGGUGGUCAAUAAUUUUGCCAUUUUUAUCGGCACUAUUAAUUUAUCUUUAUUUAUUAUGGAAGCGUACGUACAGCUACUGGAGCUCUUUGGGCAUACCUGGCCCAACACCGCUACCCUAUUUCGGUAAUAUAUUGACUACAUUUAUUAAGCCCUAUGUCUACGAAAGUACCAAAUGGUAUCAAAACUAUGGAUCACUAAUCGGUGUCUACCGUUUUGACAAACCUGAACUACUUAUAUCGGAUCCGGAACUAAUCAAACAAUAUAUGGUCAAAGAUUUCAACUCGUUUCGCAAUCGGCGGCCAAUUAAACGCCGCAUAAACUCGUUGUUUGAGAAAAUGUUGCCCAACUUAAGGGACGACGAGUGGCGCCGUAUGCGAAACAUACUGAACCCGGUAUUUACUACACGUAAACUCAAACAAAUGGUCGGCCUAUUGGACGACUGUUGUACCAGAUUUAUGACCCAAUUGGACAAAACUGUUGAUCGGCUGCCAUCGGGUGCCGAUAUAGACAUCCGGUUGACAAUGAAAGACCUAUCAUUGGAUAUGAUAGCCAGCGCUGCUUUCGGUACACGUAUUGAUAUAUAUGGCGAUCAGAAUCACCAGUUCCUACAGAAUGUCCAUCGAAUUAUUGCCUUUCCUACCUAUCAGAUGUGUUUGCUAACACUGUUUCCCACACUAUCGGGACUGGUAUUCAAACUAGUCCUGUGGUUUACGAAAGCCCAGACACCGGAUAAGUAUUUCUAUGAGUUUUUGUUGAAAAUUUUAAGAGACAGACAGGAAUCGGGUGUCCGGCGUAACGAUUUGAUGCAAAUUUUGGUCGAUAUUAAAUCGGAAACGACUACUACUACUAGUACUACUACUAGUGCUACUACCAGUGCUACUACCGGUGCAGCACAGGUAAUGGAUGAUGAGUUGUUGGACAAUGAGGACCGAAAACAACUACAACUGGGCAUCUAUAGUGACGAAUCCUAUUUGAAAACCGAUACAAACAAGUCGUUUAUAGCACAGCUAACCGACGAUGAAAUUUUUAGUCAAUGUUUUGUCUUUUUCUUUGCCGAUUUCGAGUCGUUGGCCGCAGCCGUUGCUCAUACACUAUACGAGUUGGCCCUACAACCGGAUAUACAGAGCCGAUUGAGACAGGAAUGUCGUCAGGCUAUCAGCGGGACUGAUAAUACUGUCGACUACGACAAGCUUAUGGCACUGCCCUAUCUGGACGCUUGUGUAUCGGAAACUAUACGCAAAUAUCCGACAGCCGGUGUCAUACCCCGGCAGGCUAUGGCCGACGUUAAACUGGGCGACACUGGUAUCACAAUACCCAAAGGUAUGAUUGUCGAUACACCAGUCUAUCCGUUACAUCACGACCCGAACUAUUUUCCCGAUCCGUACGGCUACAAACCCGAUCGGUUUAUGCCGGAAAAUCGUGACCAAAUCGUACCGUACAGUUAUUUGCCGUUUGGUGCCGGUCCGCGACACUGUAUAGGUAUGCGGUUUGCACUGUUAGAGGCCAAAAUCGGUUUGGCCCGUAUAUUGCAACGUUACCAGUUUUAUCGGGUAGACAGGACAACAGUUCCCGUCCAGUUUCGUCCGCAUCCGGAAGUAUUGCUGACCAAACCGGUUAUUAUUGGUGUCAAGAAAAUUGUUGAUUAA